UCUGUGGUUGCCGGCCUUAUCUUGACUGACGUUCCGGUCGCAAACCCCAAUGUGAAACGCCAUGGAGGACGCCGCACGGUGCGGCGCGCGGCGGGAGGGGUUCGCGGUGUGCGCGCACUCGCGCAGUCCAGUUCCAGUCCGCAACGCCGAUCCGUGAGUUCGACGCGCGCAUCGCCUGUCUAAAAUAAAAAUGGCAGUUUGGAGCACAGAAGCCGUCAUAGGAUUCAUCCGCAUAUUCCGACAAAAUACAAGUCUGUGGAAAGUUAAAAGCAAAGAAUAUUCUAAUCGCCAUAUCAAAAACAUGGCGUAUGAUGAGUUAGUGAAUUAUUGCAAGCAAAUUGGAUUCGCUUCAGCAAAUCGGGAUUUUGUUACAAAGAAGAUUCAAAACUUGAGGGGUGCCUUCCGGAAAGAACUUAAAAAAUUAACAGAAGCGCGGAAAACUGGAGGCUCGGAACUAGUGGUAAAACCGAGUCUUUGGUACUUUGACCUUCUUUACUUUACUAAGGAUCAAGAGGAUGAUAAUAAGGAGGAGGAAGCCGAGCCGCCAGAACGGUCUGACAAGUCAUUACAGCGGCAUUUGAGCAUCGCAUCACCGACACCGAUUGCUGAGAUCUCCUCGUUGCCGAUUCGCGAUGACACGGCAGAGGAAAGUAAUGAAAAACCUCGAAAAGUAUUAAAGCGAAAAGCAUUUGUCACCGAUACUCAAAUAAAACUCAUGAAAGUGUGCACGGAGGCAUUAAAAAGGAAAGAAAUUACAGAGUUCGAAGGCAUUGGUAUUUCAGUUGCGAAAAAGUUGGAAAAAAUGAAUAGCCUCCAGGCUUUGUAUGCUGAAAGCUUGAUACAUUCUGUUUUAAGGAAAGGUUUACUGAAUCGUCUCACCGAAGAAACGGACAUUUGUGAUAAACAAUGCAAUAGAAACGUUCAGUUUUCGAGGCCAUCACCAUCAACAUCAUCAGAUCACCCUAACUAUUACGUAAUUCAAAACGAAGAUACUGGAACAGCACACACGGACCCACUUAUUACUAAUUUGAUUGGCGACUCUUUUGUUAAAGUCGAACAGGACUAAAUGACGACGUACGAAAGCACUUGACUUUACUACUUUGAUAUUGAAGAAUUUGGAAGUUGAAUUGUAAGCAUACACCAUGGCCGCAUGUAAUGAUAAAAUCAACAAAUAAAUAAAAACUAACCAU